GGGAAGGUCCUGGUUCACUCGCCGGACCAAAACCAGUUCCCAGCAUCAAGAGGAUACUGGUUAAUGUCUCCGCGUGAUGAGAUAAUGAAGAGCAAACAGACGUCAGCGUUUCGGAGGGGAUGAUUUAUCUAGUGCCUGGGUGUUUUGUCUCAUAGCGCGUCUGCAGAGGAUUUUCGGUGUGAUGCUCUUUUUAAACCCGGAGGCGAGCUGCACGUUUCUCACGCUGUUCCUUGGCCGGUCGGUCGGAGGCUUUUCUUCUUCAUCAUCAUCAUCAUCAUCAUCAUCAUCACCACCUUCACCUCUGCUUUCAUGUGCGUGUGACCCCUGCAACACCCCACUCAGCACAGUGGGCACAGGUCCUCUUUAAGGUCUUUACACACACACACACACACACACACACACACACACACACACACACACACUCUUUACUGCUUUAAUUCACACAUCUUCAGUCUCCAUGUCAUUCUCUCACUAACCUAAACCCAAAGAAGAAGCUCGUCUAGUUCGAAGAUGCGUCUCAUCAGGACAAAAUGCAUCUUUAGUGUGCAAUUCGUCUGUUCCACUUCGUUCAAGAUCCAGUUCAGGUUGCUGUUGCCUUUUAUGAUGAGAAGAUGGAAGGUGUUGCUGGUGCUGAACAUGCUCAUAGUAGCAGGCUUCUACACUUUUUGGAGCAAGUGUGACAUACAGCCGAAGAAAUCCCUUCAUGGUUACACUCGUCUCAAUGGAUCUUUGUCAGAACCAAGCGUCAGUCAGGAAGUUCUGCUGAAGAGGCUUGGCUCGUUGGAAGAUGUGGUCUACAGACAGUUAAAUGGUUUGUCCAGAUCUCUUGGGCUCAUUGAGGGCUUCAGAGGACACAGCAAAGGUGGGCUUCCGGUCACACUGACUCUUCAGGAGGAAAAGCAAGCCAGCUACCUGCAGGAGAAGUACGGCUACAAUGCAUUCCUGAGUGACAGGAUUUCUCUGGAUAGGUCCAUCCCAGACUAUCGGCCCAGCAAGUGCAAAAGCAUAUUUUAUCCCAAAGACCUGCCCCAGAUAUCCCUGAUCUUCAUCUUUGUGAAUGAGGCGCUGUCAGUGAUCCUGCGAUCUGUGCACUCGGCUAUCAAUCACACUCCACCUCAUCUACUGAAGGAGAUCAUCCUAGUAGAUGAUAACAGCGAUGAUGAGCAACUGAAAGGUCCACUUGAAGAAUAUGUCAACAGACGGUACCCAGGCCUUGUCAAAAUUGUGCGCAAUCAGAAGCGAGAAGGCCUCAUCCGUGCUCGAAUUGAGGGCUGGAAAAUGGCCACAGGGGAGGUGACAGGCUUUUUCGAUGCCCACGUAGAAUUCACUCCUGUUUGGGCUGAACCAGUUUUGUCCAGAAUUCAGCAGGAUCCCAAGAGGAUCAUCCUACCCUCAAUAGACAACAUUAAACAUAAUUCAUUUGACCUGGAGCGCUACGAGAACUCGGGCCAUGGUUUCAACUGGGAGCUGUGGUGCAUGUACAUCAGUCCUCCGAAACAAUGGUGGGAUGAGGGAGACAUCUCGGCACCCAUCAGGACACCUGCAAUGAUAGGCUGUUCUUUUGUGGCAAACCGGCUUUACUUUGGAGAGCUGGGUCUGCUGGACUCAGGCAUGGAUGUCUAUGGUGGAGAAAAUAUAGAGCUUGGAAUUAGGGUUUGGCUGUGUGGGGGCAGUAUGGAGGUCUUGCCAUGCUCUCGGGUGGCUCACGUUGCCAGGACAAAGAAGCCGUAUCACAGCAACAUUGGUUUUCACACCAGGCGCAAUGCACUGCGGGUGGCCGAAGUGUGGCUGGACGAGUACAAGUCUAACGUCUACCUGGCCUGGAACAUUCCAAUGGAGAACCAUGCCAUUGAUUAUGGGGAUGUAUCAGAACGUGUGGCACUGAGGAAACGAUUGCAGUGUAAAAACUUUGAGUGGUACCUUGAUAAUAUCUAUCCAGAGAUGAGGCGAUACAACAACACACUGUUUUACGGAGAAAUUCGCAACUCCAACGUGACCCAUCUAUGUGUGGAUCAGGGUGAGAAGGAGAAUCAUACAGCAACUCUUUACCCUUGCCAUGGCUGGAACCCACAGCUUGGCCGCUAUACCAAGGAGGGAUACCUGUUUGUGGGACCUUUGGGAAGCACUGGAGAUGACACCUGCUGUGUUAUUGAUGACAUGGUCAGCAGCUUCCCUCAGCUUGUCAACUGCGACAACGUCUUCAACAUGGGCCAAAAGACAUGGAACUUUGUACAGAAUGAUUCGAUUGUGAACCGGGCUACAGGUCGCUGUCUAGAGGUGGUAAAGGCCAACGUGUCCUUCGGCUAUGCGCUGGUUCUGCAAGCCUGCACUGGCCAGAGGUGGACCAUCAAAAACAUGAUGAGGCAGCAACCGGGACUCUGAGUGAUCAGACACGAGAGACCAGAAGUCCUGAAAGGAAAUGCAAGGGUUUGUGGUCUGACUUCAGUCUUAGUCCUAUGAGGACAGUUCUCUACAGCACAAGAGGUUUUGAUAGAAAUGUGUGUGUUCCUCAAAAAGACUGGCCAUCUUCUACAAACUUUAAUGACUUAAAUAAAGAUUUGUAACAGUCAUGCUAUGACACAAUACAGGUUCAGGAUGUUAUAAUAGCAGCGUUCCAUAUCAAGUAAAACCUUUUUCUUCAGGGUGCUACAAACUACAUUGAGCUCUUGUUGCAUUUUAAUUAAGUGCUCUCUUUCUUCUAUUUGUAUUGAGAUAUUUUGGCUAUUAUGGAACCCAUGGGCUUUAUUAUUUCUGUUGAUUUGUCUUGAACACAUUCACUACUCCAGUGGAAAAUAUUCAUUUACAAGCUUUUGUAAUGGUGGAUGUGCAAGUUAAUUUGCUUAAGUUUUCUCAUUUCUUACGGGUAUUGAUUGUUGUUGUUGUUGUUGUUGUUUUCAAUCUUUUACAGCUUCAACCCCAUUAAUAAGACAUUUAACAUAAGUUAACAGCAUCUGUUAGUGACGUCAACACUCAGUAGCCUGACCUCUUAAUAUGCAAACAGGAAAUACUUCUACAGUACAAUGGGUGUAGGUAUAAUAAGAUCUAUUAGGUAAGAUAUUUUUGAAAUUUAGAGUGAGUGUAAUAAUAAGAGGUGUAAAUGAAUGUGACUACUGCUGGUACUCAUGGUCAAAUGGUUUGAUGAUGGAAAUUCCCCCACACUGUCUUCCAUUCAAUUAAAGUAAGAUUUUAAAUAAAAUCGUGAACU